AUGGAUUGGCUUCAGCUGUUCUUCCUCCAUCCUGUAUCACUUUAUCAAGGGGCUGCUUUUCCUUUUGCGCUUCUCUUUAAUUAUCUCUGCAUUAUGGAUUCAUUUUCCACUCAUGCCAGGUACCUGUUCCUCCUGGUGGUAGGAGGAGCCCUGGCAGUAGCCGCCAUGGGUUCCUUCGCUGUGCUGGUCUUCAUCCCCGCUCUGUGCACCGUGGUCCUGAUCUACUCGCUGGGCCCCCAGGACGUCCACAGGCUGACUUUCCUCUUUCAGAUGAGCUGGCAGACGCUGUGCCACCUGGGUCUGCACUAUACGGAGUAUUAUCUGCAAGAAGCUCCUUCCACGAGGUUCUGCGUCACUCUUUCUUCCCUCAUGCUCUUGACCCAGAGGGUCACAUCCCUGUCUCUGGACAUUCGAGAGGGGAAAGUGGCAGCAGCAGCAGCAGGAGGAGGCAUCAGGAACAGGAGCUCUUUGUCUGAGCAUCUGUGGGGAGCUCUGCCCUAUUUCAGCUACUUGCUCUUUUUCCCUGCUCUCCUAGGAGGCCCCCUGUGUUCCUUCCAGAGAUUUCAGGCUCGUGUUCAAGGGCCCAGCAGUUUGUAUCCCAGGCACUCUUUCUGGGCUCUGACCCGGAGGGGUCUGCAGAUUCUGGGACUAGAGUGUCUGAAGGUCGUGGUGAGGCGGGCGGUGAGCGCAGGGGCAGGACUGACGGACUGCCGGCAACUGCAGUGCGUCUAUGUCACAUGGUCCACUGCCGGGCUCCUCAAACUCACCUACUACUCCCACUGGCUCCUGGAUGACUCCCUCCUCUACGCAGCGGGCUUUGGAUCUGAGUUUGGUCAGAGCCCCAGUGAGGAGGGAUACAUCCCUGAUGCGGACAUUUGGACGCUGGAAACAACCCACAGGAUAGCUCUGUUCACCAGAAAGUGGAACCAGAGCACAGCUCGGUGGCUCCGACGCCUCGUUUUCCAGCAGGGCAGGACCUGGCCCUUGUUGCAGACGUUCGUCUUCUCGGCUUGGUGGCACGGACUCCACCCGGGACAGGUGUUUGGUUUCCUCUGCUGGGCUGUGAUGGUGGAAGCCGACUACCUGAUUCACACCUUUGCCAAUGUGUUCAUCAGAUCCGGGCCGAUGCGGGUGCUCUACAGAACUCUCACCUGGGCCCACACCCAGCUCAUCCUUGCCUACAUAAUGCUGGCCGUGGAGGUCCGGAGCCUCUCCUCUCUCUGUCUGCUGUGGAAUUCUUACAACAGCGUCUUUCCCACGGUGUAUUGUAUUUUGCUUUUUGUUUUAGCGAAGAGAAAGCAUAAAUUUAACUGA